AUGCUUCCUUCCCAGACGUCAUUGGGUCAUCGAAAAUCCAUUGGACCAUUGCACCGACUGUUUCCACCUUCAUCCCGAACACAUUCGACUGUUCUGGGCAUCGAGCAUACAAUUAAUUGCCGUAGGACGGGAGCGAUGGCUACUAUACUGGCGCCAGCAAAGUCGGCGCUGUCGUUCCAGGGUCUGCGACUUAUCGCCCGAACAUCUCCUUCGACGUUGAGAAGAGCUCUGUCGACACUACCAAACAACGAGCACAUCUACGUCCACGAGCAACCCAGCAUACCUUCGAAGCCAUAUCUCCUGUCAUACCUACCCAAUACACCGCCCAUUGCAUCGCUAGCCAUUGGCACAACGACCAAGAUCCCACCCACGACCGAAACGCUAGAAGAGAACCAUGCCUUCUUCGACAUACUACACUGGGUCAUCAAGGACAAUGCAUACAAAGACCCGGAUGUCAUUGCACAAGCUGGGGUCUACGCCUCUCAAGCCGGCUCUGCUCUAGGCAGUGGAGGCGUGUUCUUCCCACAACAUCAGCAACACCAGCACAAGAGACGUGAUCGGGCUAGCAGACAGUUUGGCGGAGGCGGAGGCUCAGGUGGUGAUGGAGCAGGCGGUGCGAGUGCUCAAGGUGGCAUUGGAGGCGCAGGACGAGGAGGCUACAUUCACGUCAGUGAUCAGCGCUAUCCACCGGACUAUGGCCGUGUCGCGUAUCCCGAGGACAUCCUUGGUAGCUUGGAGAUUGAUGGCAAGGGCGAGUUCGUCGACGGUACUGGGCGCUACCAGAAGAGUGGGACAUAUAGACCGAUCACGAAGGAGGGCAUACUGGGCCUAAGUCCUUACCUGCGGGAGAGGCUGGUCGAGAAGCUAAAAGAGCUCGAUGCGCAAGCAAGACAGAACAAUUGA